GGCUUGUAAGCAGGACACAAGCAAUGGACAUGUUUUGGAAGGUAGUGCUGAUUCAUAUUUACCAUACAAGCAAAACACAAACAAUGAACAUGUUUUGGGAUGUUGUGCUGAUUCGUGAUCUACACAAGGAGUAUUGACGCUCUUAAGGGCACAUGCUUGUACUGUGGAUAGUGUUACUGUCAGCAAAAGGCAAAAACCCAAGCUUUAAGCUUUAAUAAUGCGGUUGCCUACGAAUUGCCCUCCUACACUAGCAGAGAGGGAGAGAAUUGAGUUUGUAAGAAAUGAAAUUCAAGUGCCCAUAGCUGUCUAGUUGAGAGAGCGGAGGCAUGAAUGUAAUACUAGAUCGUUUGUGUGUGUAUGGCUCGAGAAGGGCGAGCGGGGGGGGUGGUCGAUGAAAUGAAGGAGUGAGAGGAAAUGGCGUGGAGCAUGAAGAAAGCAGGAGGAGGAAAAGAGAGGGUGAUUGCUCAAACAAGAGAGGACGCGAAGCUGGAUGCAGAGUUUGAGCAGGGGCAGUCGGUGGAAGGGCAGGAUGAGAGCAGCGAGAGGGCCAGGGUUAACACGUACCUGCAGAGGAUACAGAGGGGGAUGGAAAUUCAGCCCUUGGGCUGCCUGCUGGUGGUCGCAGAUGGGCAGGGCUUUGCACUGCUGGCCCACAGCGACAAUGCGCCCGAGAUACUCCAGUCUCAUGACCACCAGGAACAGGAAGACCAACAUCAUGUGCUAACCAUCGGUAUGGACGCCCGGACGCUCUUCAGUCCUGCAAGCGUGGCCGAGCUCGAGAAAGCUGCAGCCUCCGCUGACCUUCAGCUUGUGAAUCCUCUUUUGGUUCGCUGUGCUUCUUCUGGAUGGCCUUUCUACGCCAUUGUUCAUAGAAUAGAAGCGGGACUUGUGAUGGACCUUGAGCCGAUGACGUCUCCUGACGUGCAGAUGCCCGCGUGCCCGCCGGGCACAUCGCAAUUACAAAUGCAAUCGUAUAGGCUUGCGAGCAGGGCCAUAUCUCGGUUGCAAUGCCUGCCCGGGGGGGAUAUUGCUCUGCUCUGCCAGAUUGUUGUGCAGGAGGUGAGAGAACUGACCGGCUAUGACCGGGUCAUGGCGUAUCGCUUCCAUGACGAUGAUCAUGGCGAGGUAGUUGCAGAGAUGCUAAGACCAGAUUUGGAGCCGUAUUUGGGGCUGCAUUAUCCGGCCACCGAUAUUCCCCAGGCUUCCCGGUUUUUAUUUCUGAAGAACAGAGUGAGAAUGAUCUGUGACUGCAGGGCCCCCGCUGUGAAAGUGAGACAGGACAAGAGGGUGGUGCAGGUAUUGAGCAUUAGUGGGUCGACGUUGAGGGCUCCUGAUGGCUGCCAUGCUCAGUACAUGGCCAACAUGGGUUCCAUUGCGUCUCUAGUCAUGGCUGUCACAGUUAGCAACAGUGAGGAGGGAGGCAGGAGGUUGUGGGGGCUUGUGGUUUGCCAUCACGCAACUCCACGCUUUGUUCCAUAUCCUUUGAGGUAUGCUUGUGAAUUCUUGAUGCAAGUUUUUGGGGUUCAGCUAAACAAGGAGGUGGAGCUAGCCGCUCGCUUGAGGGAGAGACAUAUUUUACGUACUCAAACUGUGUUGUGUGAUAUGCUUCUUCGCGAUGCACCAGUUGGAAUUGUCACCAAGACGCCUAACAUUAUGGAUCUUGUGAAAUGCGAUGGCGCUGCACUUUUGUAUGGGAAACGCCUGUGGCUCUUGGGGACGACUCCCACCGAGGCUCAGAUACAGGAAAUUGGAGAUUGGCUCCUGGAGCACCACAGGGAUUCUACCGGUUUGAGUACUGAUAGCCUUGCCGAGGCAGGCUUCCCUGGCGCUGCAUCGCUAGGUGAUGCAGUUUGUGGAAUGGCUGCUGCUAGAAUCACUGCCAAAGACUUCUUAUUCUGGUUCAGGUCUCACACUGCCAAAGAAAUAAAAUGGGGGGGUGCAAAACACGAUCCAGAUGAUAAAGAUGACGGCAGGAUAAUGCACCCGCGGUCCUCAUUUAAAGCCUUUCUGGAAGUGGUUAAAAGGAGGAGCAUUCCUUGGGAGGAUGUUGAAAUGGAUGCCAUUCAUUCCCUGCAGCUAAUUUUGAGGGAUUCCUUUCAAGAAAUUGAUGACAAUGAUACCAAAGCCAUGAUAUAUGCAGGGCUAAAUGAUUUGAAGUUUCAAGGAAUGAAUGAAUUGAGUUCAGUGACAAAUGAGAUGGUGCGUUUAAUUGAAACUGCAACUGUGCCAAUUUUGGCCGUGGAUGCCGAUGGACUGAUAAAUGGGUGGAAUAUUAAGGCAGCUGAACUUACUGGGUUUUCAGUGGAUCAAGUUAUAGGAAAACCUUUAAUUGAUCUUGUUGAGGAGGAGUCAAUUGGAAUUGCCAAAAACACGCUCUUCUUGGCUUUGCAAGGGGAAGAAGAACAAAAUGUCGAAAUCAAACUGAAAACUUUUGGUGCACAGGAGGAGACAGGAUCAGUUGUUUUGAUUAUUAAUGCAUGCUCAAGCAAGGACCUGAAAGAUAAUGUGGUAGGGGUGUGUUUUAUUGCCCAAGAUGUUACACGUCAAAAAGUAGUAAUGGACAAGUUCACUCGUAUUAAAGGUGAUUACAGGGCCAUAGUUCAGAACCCCAGUCCUCUAAUACCACCAAUAUUCGGGACAGAUGAAUAUGGAUGCUGCUCUGAGUGGAAUGCUGCGAUGGAAAAGUUGUCAGGAUGGCAAAGUAAUGAGAUAAUUGGUAAAAUGCUUGUAGGAGGGGUUUUUGGUGUUCAUCCAAUUUGUUGUCAACUCAAAAGUCAGGAUGCAUUGACAAAGCUUAGUAUUGUUCUUAAUAAUGCAGUGACAGGGCAGGAGAUAGAAAAAUUUCCCUUUUCCUUUUUUGAUUGCCAUGGCAAGAAUAUAGACACUUUGCUCUCUGCAAACAAAAGAAUGGACGCAGAGGGAAGAAUAACUGGAGUAUUCUGCUUUUUGCAUGUUACUAGUCCUAGUCCAGAGCUUCAGCAAGCAUUGCAAGCUCAGCGGAGGUCAGAACAGACAGCUAUUAGUAGACUUCGGGAGCUGGCAUACAUUCGGCAGGAAAUAAGAAAUCCAAUGUAUGGAAUUAUGUUUACUCAAAAAUUGAUGGAAAGUACUACUUUGACAGAAGUACAGAAGCAAAUUGUGCAAACAAGUACACUAUGCCAACAGCAGCUGGUAAAGAUUCUUGAUGAUUUGGAUCUAGACAGCAUAGAGGACGGAUAUUUGGAACUGGACACUGUUGAGUUUACUCUGGGGACUGUAUUUGAUGCAGUCAUAAGUCAAGGGAUGAUGCUAAGCAGGGCGAAGGGCCUGCAGCUGCUAUGUGAUUCAACAGAAGAGAUCAAGACAAUUUACCUUUUUGGAGAUCAGCUGAGGCUCCAGCAAGUUUUGUCGGAGUUUUUAUUAAAUGCCUUGCAGUUCACUCCACCAGAAGGAUGGGUUGAAAUCAAGGUUAUUCCAAAUAAAAAGCAUCUGGGCACUGGUUUGCACAUUAUGCAUUUGGAAUUCAGGAUUACUCAUCCAGGACAAGGAAUUCCAGACAAAUUGAUAAAAGAAAUGUUUGAUCAUGACCAAGAUAUGUCUCGGGAGGGUUUGGGGCUGCACAUCUGUCACAAACUGGUUAAAAUAAUGAAUGGAGAAGUACAAUAUUGCAAGGAAGUAGGAAGGUCAUCCUUUAUUUUAACUCUUGAAUUACCUCCAGUGCAAAGUGAAGAGCAAUAGGAGUGUUUCAAUUAACUCAGGUAAUGCAACAUUUUUUUGUCAACCCUUUGACAAGAUUAAGCGCAAAGUCUUGUUUACUAAUUUUCUCAUUGACAUUAUGUAGUUAGAGGUCAAGUUCUUGCAUCUUAGAGCUACUAAGCAAAACUGCAAUUGCAGAGUUGCAUUGAGGGUGUUCUGUAUAACAUGUGUAUAUAGCGUAUUGGGAAAAGUUUCUCUGGCCGAUAUUUAAUUGUAUUUUAGGAGGGGAUGAAUAGAUUGGGCAUUGACUCAACAUAUUAUUUACAGACUUAAUGGUUGAUGUUCACUAACAGAGGUCAAGGUGCAUUCAUAAUGUACACAGGACUGCACUUUGAGACUCCUUUGCCCAUUUCAUCUCUUGAGAGACAUCUCACAAAAUAAAUACUCUGCUUUCUGACAUAAAAAUAUUGUAUAAUGACGAACAAUUUCAAGGCAAGACAUGUUGAACAUCAAAAUUCCUCUUAUCUUGUAAAGAGUAGCAUUUUCUCAAAUAUGCUGUAGAAGAACUAUGUUGCACAUUGCAAGGGAUCUUGGAUACAAUGAAAAAGUUACAUUAGUUUUUCAGUGAGUGCUUCAUUUCCAAUGCAGCAUUGGCUUAUACAGUGAUUCUUGUAGUGAAUUCAUUGAUCUCCUAAGUUGAUCGCAUUUCUCUAUAAGAGCAAUCAUUUCCAUGAUAAAGAGAGCUGGGUUAUAACUUA